CCGGCAUAGCCGAACUCACCGCAGCUGCCGCUGCUGCCGCCACCCGGACAGAGGCGCGAUGAGGAGCAGGAGCAAUUCGGGGGUCCGGCUCGAUGGCUACGCCCGCCUGGUGCAGCAGACCAUCCUGUGCCACCAGAAUCCUGUGACUGGCUUACUUCCAGCCAGCUGUGAUCAGAAAGAUGCUUGGGUCCGGGAUAACGUUUACAGCAUACUGGCGGUGUGGGGCCUGGGCCUGGCUUACCGCAAGAAUGCAGACCGAGAUGAGGACAAGGCGAAGGCCUAUGAAUUGGAGCAGAGUGUCGUGAAGCUGAUGAGGGGGCUGCUGCAGUGCAUGAUCAGACAGGUGGACAAGGUGGAGUCCUUCAAAUACAGUCAGAGCACCAAAGACAGUCUCCAUGCCAAGUACAACACCAACAGCUGUGCCACUGUGGUGGGAGAUGAUCAGUGGGGGCACUUGCAGCUGGAUGCCACCUCUGUUUUCCUGCUGUUCCUGGCCCAAAUGACGGCCUCAGGGCUCCAUAUCAUCCACAGCCUAGAUGAGGUCAAUUUCAUACAGAAUCUUGUGUUUUACAUCGAAUCUGCUUAUAAAACAGCUGACUUUGGCAUAUGGGAACGUGGCGAUAAGACCAACCAAGGCAUCUCUGAGCUAAAUGCGAGCUCUGUCGGGAUGGCAAAGGCGGCCCUGGAAGCUUUGGAUGAACUGGACCUGUUUGGUGUGAAGGGUGGGCCCCAGUCUGUCAUCCAUGUCUUGUCAGACGAGGUCCAGCACUGUCAGUCCAUCCUCCAUUCCAUGCUGCCCCGGGCCUCGAUGUCCAAAGAGGUAGAUGCCAGUGUCCUUUCAGUGAUUUCCUUCCCAGCAUUUGCAGUAGAGGACAGCCAGUUGGUAGAGAUUACAAAGCAGGAAAUAGUCACCAAGCUUCAGGGUCGUUACGGCUGCUGUCGCUUUCUUCGAGAUGGCUACAAAACCCCUAAGGAGGAUCCUAACCGUCUGUACUAUGAGCCAGCUGAGCUGAAGCUGUUUGAGAACAUUGAGUGUGAAUGGCCUUUGUUCUGGACCUACUUCAUCCUUGAUGGUGUCUUCAGUGGCAAUGUGGAACAGGUCCAGGAGUACCGGGAAGCUCUCGAAGGAGUCCUUAUCAAGGGCAAGAAUGGGGUUCGCCUUCUGCCUGAGCUCUACAGUGUCCCUCCUGAAAAGGUUGAUGAAGAGUACCAGCAUCCUCACACUGUGGACCGAGUGCCCAUGGGCAAGCUGCCUCACAUGUGGGGCCAGUCCCUGUACAUCCUGGGAAACCUGAUGGCAGAGGGGUUUUUAGCACCUGGGGAAAUUGAUCCUCUGAACCGUAGGUUUUCAACUGUUCCCAAGCCAGAUGUUGUGGUUCAAGUGUCCAUCCUUGCUGAAACAGAAGACAUCAAAGCCAUCCUGAGGGCCAAUGGCAUUGACGCGGAGACAAUUGCUGAAGUGUACCCUAUCAGAAUCCAGCCAGCCCGAAUCCUCAGCCACAUCUAUGCCAGCCUAGGCCGUAACAGCCGGAUGAAACUCAGUGGAAGACCAUAUCGACACAUGGGGGUCCUGGGAACAUCUAAGCUCUAUGACAUUCGCAAAACCAUCUUCGCUUUCACGCCACAGUUCAUAGAUCAGCAACAGUUCUACUUGGCCCUUGACAACAAGAUGAUAGUAGAGAUGCUGCGGACAGACCUCUCCUACCUGUGUAGCCGCUGGAGAAUGACAGGCCGCCCCACCAUCACCUUUCCCAUCCUGCACACCAUGCUUGAUGAAUCUGGAACCACCAUAAAUGCAUCCGUCCUGGCUGUGCUCAGAAAAAUGCAGGAUGGCUAUUUUGGUGGGGCAAGGGUCCAAGCAGGGAAACUGUCUGAGUUCCUGACGACAUCCUGCUGUACACACCUGAGCUUCAUGGAUCCCGGCCAGGAGGGGAAGCCUUUUGGUGGGGAUUAUGAUGAUGGAGACGAUGACUACAGUGAUGAAGGGCUGUGCUCAGACAACUGGCUGGAUGGCUUCAACUCCUCCAAGCAUGCCAGUGAUGGUGAUGAAGUUCUGCGGUACUUGGACCACCUUUUGGAGCACACGGCACCCAAGCCCACACUGGCCUCUACUGCCCAGCAGGGAGGUCUUGAUCGCUUCCGAACAGCCGUGCAAACAACCUGUGACUUCAUGUCCUUGGUGACCAAAGCUAAGGACCUGCAUGUGCAGAAUGCUCACAUGUACCUUCCCACAAAAUUGCUGCCAGCCUCCCGGACUUCAUUCAGCUUCCUGGAUGCCACACCUCUCCCUCCCCAAGCUGAGCAGGUUCCUUCUGUCCAUGUGGAGAUGCACCUUCCCCGGGAUGAGUCUGGGAAGAUAGACUUCCAAGCCCUGGUGGGCCAGUUGCACGAGUGCCCAAGCUUACAGGACCAAGCUGACAUCCUCUACGUUCUUUACACCAUGAAGGGUCCUGACUGGAACACUGCCACCUCUGGUGAGGAGGGUGGGACGGUCCGGGAACUCCUCAUGGCCUUGUAUAGCAAAGUUGGGGAAGCGCGCCACUGGGGCUUGAUACGCUACAUCUCCGGCAUUCUAAAGAAGAAGGUAGAAGCCCUGGACGAGGCCUGCACAGAUUUGCUCUCUCACCAGAAGCACUUGACAGUGGGACUCCCUCCAGAGCCUCGGGAGAAGACAAUCUCUGCUCCUCUACCCUAUGAAGAGCUCACCAAGCUGAUCGAUGAAGCCAGCGAGAACGAUGUGAACAUCUCUGUCCUCACACAGGAAAUCCUGGUGUACCUGGCCAUGUACAUGCGAACUCAGCCCAGCCUUUUUGCAGAGAUGUUUCGGCUCCGGAUUGGUCUCAUUAUCCAGGUGAUGGCGACAGAGCUGGUGCAGUCACUUAGCUGUUCAGCUGAAGAAGCCACAGAGAGCCUGAUGAACCUCAGUCCUUCAGCCAUGAAGAAUCUCUUACACCACAUUCUCAGCGGCAAAGAGUUUGGUGUAGAAAGAAGCGUGCGUCCUGCUGAUUCCAAUGUCAGCCCCGCUAUUUCCAUUCAUGAAGUUGGUGCUGCUGGAGUGACCAGAACUGAACGGGCAGGAAUCAUGCAGUUAAAAAGCGACAUAAAGCAGGUGGAAUUACGCCGGCUGUCUAUCUCAGUUGAGAGUCAGCCCAAUGGUGGCCAUGCCCUGAGUACUGAGCUGAUGUCUCCGCCUUUUCUGUCACCUGGACCUUCAUUAAGCCCAAGUGGGGGAUCCUUCUCAGGUGCCUAUGGAGAUCAGUCCUGGAAGGACACUCGCCAAGGCCAGUGGCAGCGCCGGCGCCGGCUUGACGGAGCACUGAACAGGGUCCCCAUCGGGUUUUAUCAGAAAGUGUGGACGGUUCUGCAGAAGUGCCAUGGCCUGUCUGUGGAAGGCUUCGUUCUCCCUUCUUCAACAACCAGAGAGAUGACACCAGGGGAGAUCAAGUUCUCCGUUCAUGUGGAGUCUGUCCUUAACAGAGUCCCUCAGCCAGAAUACCGCCAACUCCUGGUUGAAGCCAUCCUGGUCCUGACCAUGCUGGCAGACAUUGAAAUCCAGAGUGUCGGUGGCAUCAUCGCUGUGGAGAAAAUUGUGCACAUUGCCAACGAGCUGUUCCUGCAAGAGCAGAAAGCCCUUGGGGCAGACGACACCAUGUUGGCAAAGGACCCCUACUCUGGCAUCUGCACCCUCCUGUAUGACAGCGCCCCCAGCGGCAGGUUUGGCACCAUGACCUACCUCUCCAAAGCUGCAGCUACCUAUGUCCAAGAGUUUCUGCCUCACAGUGUCUGUGCCAUGCAGUGAGGUGUCUGGCAUCUGCCACACCGGGAACCGGUGCAGGACCGAGCAUGCCCUCCGUCCUCUUUUCUCCUUAGCUUAGAAGGGGAGCAAACCUGCUCCAAUAGCUGCUUGGGCAGAAGCAAACGCUUUCCAGAGGCUCGCUUAGAGCACUCCUCAAUGGUCAUUUCACCAGGGAUGGCCUCAAGUGUGCUGUUCCUGACUCACUUUGCCUCUCUUCUAGGCUUACUGUUCUGGGGGGGUGCAAGUUGGGGUUCUUCACCUGAGGAUUCAGCUGUUUCCCUGAAAGCUUGGGGGUGGGGUCUAGCCUUUCUCCAGCUGCUACCUGCCAACCACAUGAAUGACCAGCCUCCCACCCUUCGUUGUGUCCAUCCACUCACUGAACAAUGAAGGAGCCACCAGCUUGAGGCUGGGGACUCAUGGCCAGAGAAGAUUCCUGGUGUUCAGCUGCCCAACAUGGGGAAAUAUGUGUAGAGUCUGGGCCUUGCACUUUCCAGGGGCAUUUCAAAGGAGGUUGAGGAGGCAACUUUCACUAGCUUCUUUGUCCUGGACCCCAAGGUGGUGGGUCAAGGGGCAGACUCUGCCCUUUCUUCCCCAAGGAGGAUCCUGGGCUGUCCUGCUGUAGCUCCUGUUUUUGAGUCCCCCAGGUUCCCCGCCCCCCAGGCACUUAGAGAGGCACGAGAUGUGUCUGGCUCCAGCUGAGUGUGUGCACAUGGCGGGGAGGUUGGGAGCAGCCCUCGGACUUGUGGGGGCCUUAUGGCAGGCUUCUACUGCAGCAAGAUUUCUCAGAGAGAGUAGGGCCCUGAGCCCCUUUCCUAAGUCCACUUCUCUGACCCUGGCCCUAUAUCUGGGUCAGCUUAUUCGAAGAAGGUUUUUCCAACUUUUCUUUCUGAUUGGAAGACCAAGACCAAUUACCCUCCCCUCCCCUGCCUUCCCUUCCCCCUUUACCCCCCUCCCCUCCCCUUCUCUGCCUUCC